CGGGCCUUUGGGCCAGAAGCUGCGGUGUCACGCAGUCUGAUUGAGACUGUGACGGCAGUGGCAGCAGCAGCGGCAGCGGUCUCGGUAGCGGUGGUGGUGGUGGUGGCGGCGGCGGAGGCGGCGACGGCGGCGACGGUGGCCAUCCAAUGGUCGUGCUGUAGCCUGACGCCACCUUCCCUCAAGGCGGCACGGAAGCAGGAAUGUCGCAGAUGCCGCCUCCGCCGCCGCCGCUUCUUGGCUGGCGCCUGCUUGGCUUCAGCUUGUUGCUAAGCUCCUUCUGCUUCUCCCUGGAGUCUGCAGCGCUAGAUAACUCCUCUACAGAUGCUCUGAAUGUCCUUCUGAUUAUUGUGGAUGAUCUUCGCCCCUCCCUGGGCUGUUAUGGAGAGAAGGUAGUGAGGUCCCCAAACAUUGACCAGCUGGCGUCGCACAGCGUUCUCUUUCAGAAUGCCUUUGCACAGCAAGCAGUGUGCGCACCAAGUCGAGUGUCCUUCCUCACCGGGAGGAGGCCUGACACCACCCGACUGUAUGACUUCAACUCCUACUGGAGGGUACACUCGGGGAAUUUUUCCACCAUCCCCCAGUACUUCAAGGAGAAUGGCUACGUGACCAUGUCGGUUGGAAAAGUCUUUCACCCUGGUAUAUCUUCCAAUCACAGUGAUGAUUCUCCAUAUAGUUGGUCUUUUCCACCUUAUCAUCCAUCAUCAGAGAAGUAUGAAAACACUAAGACAUGUAGGGGACAAGAUGGAAAACUCCAUGCCAACCUGCUUUGUCCUGUGGAUGUGGCAGAUGUGCCUGAGGGCACCUUGCCUGACAAACAGAGCACAGAGGAAGCCAUUCGGUUGUUGGAAAAGAUGAAAACAUCAGCCAGUCCUUUCUUCCUGGUGGUUGGGUAUCACAAGCCACACAUCCCUUUCAGAUACCCCAAGGAAUUUCAGAAGUUGUAUCCCUUGGAAAACAUCACUCUGGCUCCUGAUCCCCAGGUCCCUGAUGGCCUGCCACCUGUGGCCUACAACCCCUGGAUGGACAUCAGGGAGCGGGAAGAUGUCCAAGCCUUAAACAUCAGUGUGCCCUAUGGCCCAAUUCCUGUGGAUUUUCAGAGGAAAAUCCGCCAGAGCUACUUUGCUUCUGUGUCCUAUUUGGAUACUGAGGUUGGACAUCUUUUGAGUGCUUUAGAUGAUCUUCAUCUAGCCAACAACACAAUUAUUGCUUUCACAUCUGAUCAUGGGUGGGCCUUAGGUGAACAUGGAGAAUGGGCUAAAUACAGCAAUUUUGAUGUCACUACGCGUGUGCCCCUGAUGUUUUAUGUUCCUGGAAAGACAGCCCCACUUCCUGGACCAGGCGAGAAGCUUUUCCCUUACCAGGACCCUUUUGAUCCCACUUCAAAAUCGAUGGAUUCAGGUAGGCACGUCGUGGACCUUGUGGAACUUGUAUCUCUCUUCCCCACGCUUGCUGAACUUUCAGGACUGCAAGUUCCUCCUCGAUGCCCCAUCCCUUCUUUUCAUGUUGAGCUGUGCAGAGAAGGCCAGAGUCUCCAGAAGCACUUGCAGCUCCAUGACUUUGAAGAGGAGCUGCACUUCCUUGGUAAUCCCCGGGAGUCAAUUGCCUAUAGUCAGUACCCCAGGCCUGCAGAUUCCCCUCAGUGGAAUUCUGACAAGCCAAGCUUAAAAGAUAUAAAGAUCAUGGGCUACUCUAUACGCACCAUAGACUAUAGGUAUACUGUGUGGGUUGGCUUUAAUCCUGCUGAAUUUCUGGCUAAUUUUUCUGACAUCCAUGCAGGAGAACUCUAUUUUGUGGAUUCUGACCCGCUGCAGGAUCACAAUGUGUAUAAUGACUCCCAGCAUGGAGGCCUUCCCCACUCAUUGAAUCCUUGACUUCUGCCAGCCUAACAGACAAAUGUGGCAGACAAAUCUUUUUUCAUUUAGUUCUUAAGUUAUAGUUGAUCAUUUGAUUUAGGCUAGGGUGAAACUCUUCCAUUUUAAAAGCACUCAGAGCUGAGGUUAAAUAAGUACGAAGUGAACUUACCAAAAUGUAAUCAUACCUUUGUAUAUAAAAUCCAUGCUAGCCCAAAAUAAUACUUUACUCAAGAAAUAAUUUACUUGUUGAAUUUAGUGUAUUUCAAAAAGUAACCAUAUAUCUUAGGUAGCUCAGUGUAGUCAAAACAUGUUAAUAUGAUUCAUUUCUUUCUCAAAUGUGAAAUUAAGUAAUAAUUCUAGAAGCAACAUCUAUAUGGUCUAUGCUCAAUUUUUGUUUCUAAUACUACAGAUUUUAAAAUCAAAGAUAAAAUACACAUGGGAUUGUUAAUGUAGCAUUUCUUCAUUAAAUAAUAAAUAAAUAAUGCUUAGUAAAGUAUAGGUAAAGGUAAGAAAUUCAGUUAACUAUUUCAAUACUUGCUGGUCCAAAUAAUAAUUUGUUAGUUAAUAGUAAAACUCUUGAACUCAGUGGCUAUCUGUUAAAAAAAUCUGUUCUUCAGAAUGAAAACCAUUUAACUAUACCCAUGGCUUGAAUCAUUCAAAAUCAUAUUCAUAUUCAUAUUUAGAGAAUUGCAGAUACCCAUUUAUGUUGACGGCAGGAGCUAUUGUUUUACUUUUUGGUAAAGGAAACAUAGAUUUAUGAAAUGUAAAUUAUCUUGUGGCUUGUGGAAACAUCUCAUUAAUAGGGUACAAGUAAUUUUUAGAAUGUAGUUCUGCAUUUCUUGCAUAUUCCCUAAAUAGGAAAGUAACAGGAAAGGUAUGUAAUAGGGAUAAAGGUAUUUCAUUACCAUUGUUAAAGAAAAGUCAAUUUUAUAAUGUGACAAAACUGUUCAGUUAUCAGUAGUCAACAGCUUUCCAACAUACAGUGUAUUUAGUCUUGUAUUAAAUGAGUAAUUUCAAUAAUUUUCUCCUUAAAAUGCCUCAGCGUUUCAAGGCAAAUGUUUUUAAAACAGAAUAUAACAAAUAGAUAAUUAAAUUACUGGCACGUAUUAAAUUGUAACCCAAAGGCUAAGAUAUUAUUUUUAAGUUUGUAAAAUCUCAAAGACAGGUUGUUUUUAUUAAUUGGCCUACUAUAGAUAGGUAGCUGACAGUACAGUGAUUUUCCUGAGGAGUUUCAAUUUGGAUAUCGAUGGUCCCUUUCAUCUCUCCUGAUCCCCAAAUUUGCCUCUCGUCUAGAAACUGGCUUUUGUAGAUGA